AUGGCAGCACCAGGAGACUCGCUCGCAGCGGACCUGUCCUCUACAGCAACGAUAGUACCACCGGCACCCCCGUUUCGAGCAGCGAAGCUCCCGCCUCUACCACUCUACACCACCUCGACCUCGCGACCCUUCUCUCGCUCGGCUCUCAAGCGGCAGAGCGUGAUGGCGUUGCCGAGUAUUCAACAUCUCCAACACGGCUUCGCGAAGCUCGGGCUGAAAGAGGCUAAGAAGCGAGGUGUGGAGGGUUCGCAAAGGAGAGGUGGCAAAACAGGCGAGGACAAGGAGAACGAAGGACGAUUGGGUGGUCCCGCUGGAACAGUAGAGGACGAGGAGGGCGAGGAGGGCGAGGAGGCACUAGAGGGAGUGCUUGGGCCGGAACCGCCGAGACCUGAGGUUGACUUGCGGAUGCCGUGGGAGAAGGAGGGCGUUGAGGCGUCGUUGCGAGAUACGAAGGAAAUACGGCGAGAAGUGGUAGAGGCGCUGGACGUUGUGUGCGAGACAUGGGGUCUCACUGCGCCAGCUUCUAGGGUAUCUACCCCGUCGGACACACUCGACAAAAUUCCGCACGCGCCGCGAGAAGCUUCAGCCUUCUCCUCCACAUCGUCCGCUUCGACUUCCUCACGAACCGACAAUUCAGACUCGGCUCCGCUCUCCUCUCUCACUUCCGCCUCCUCCACGAGCGACUCGCCAGUCCCACUCGUUCUCACGCUGCUCACCUUGACAACUGGCGCCAUCCGCACAACGCAACAAUUCGUCCUCUUUUUGCCUUCCACCUCAGUCUCCUCCUCCUUGUCCGCCCCCUUAUCGACGGACCCGCCGCAGAUCUCGACGGCCUCUCGACCACGCACAUCCCUCGCCUCCCCGUUCGCAACCGCAGCAGCUAUGUCCCGCUCCUCUUCGUCCGGCUCGAACCAGGGAAACACGGCGGCUGUCGAGGGAGACGAGCGAGCGACGUUGCUUGCUGCGCUGCGCAGGAAGAGUCUGGAGGUACUCGGGUUACUGAAGGAAAUGGAAGGGCGGUAUCGACUGCCUGAGACGCCCCAGCGGUUCUUGGCGGACGAGACAGAGGGAAUGGUCGAAUCGCCGCUCGAGACGGAGGCACCUGCUUUCCCUGAAGCCGCCGGCGUCAAAGCGGAGAUCGAGGACGAGCCGAUGUACCGGUCGGAUGUUACGCUUUCCGCGCUCGUGGCAGAACAAGAAGUCGUGCGGGAAUGGGUGGAGGUUGUGAAGCGAGUGUUGGAACAGACGGCGGAAACGGGAGGGACGAGAAGGAAGAGCGGAGCGGGUAACGCUGAAAUGCUGGCGGACGUGCCGGACUGGGCGAAGAAGGUCGGAUGGGAAGACUCGCUCGCGCGAGCUCACGCUGUCAUCGUCGCGCACCUCUCGCCGGAGCAGACGUCGUCUCUGCCUGAUCCAGCGAACGACCGGACAGGCUUCCUUGACGCACUCUCCGACGGCUACCUCCUCUGCCUCGCCUACAACGCCGCCCUCCGCCUCUCCUCCCCCCAUCCCUUCGGCUUCAUCACGUGCGCCUCGAUUCACCCGCUUCCUCCAACUUCGACUUUGAGCUCCUCAGUCGAGAUGUCCCGAGCCGCAUCGAAUGCGAGCGACGGCGGAGCAGGAGGCGAGAAGAUUGGGCAGACGUUCAGGAGGGCGGAGAAUCUGCGGUUGUGGGCUGGCGCCCUCAAGCACCGCUACAACCUCGCUCUCGCCGGACCGCCGCAGUUCGAUCCGAAAGUCGCCGCUGCAAGAAGGGAGGAAGGAUGGCGAGAUGGGCUUGAGCAGGCGGUAGGUGAAUGGGCGGAAGUUGUAGCGAUGGAGCUGAGAGGGGAGGAUGCUGAUUCGAGGCAAGCUGGUGCAGCGGAUCAGGCUAAGGCGUAG